AUGAGACUGUACUUUGGAAAAACUGCCAUUGUCUCUGUUUUCCUGGAGGGUAGAGCAGAGUCAGAAUCUGAACGACCUACUUCCAAAAGUUGCUCUUUGAUCUGCUCUGUGGUAUGCAGUUCAACAGCAAAGUUGAAAGGAGCUGUGGGAGUCCCACAUGCUGGGUUGGAAGUUAAGCCCCAGAGAAAUCUUGAUGAAGAAAGUGGACAGUGGAAUUGCAAGACAGCAUUUGUCAAAGUAGAUGGGGAUGGGGAAGGAUUAAGAAACUUCCAGGAGCUUCGAGCCAAAUUUCAGAAUCUUAAUGCACCAUCACUCCCAGGAUGUAAUAAAUUCCAAGCGAGUGUCUCUCCAAAGGGCAACAUUAGAGUCAUGCAGUCCACAGGGAUUUUGACCAAUGGGAAACUCUUCUCAACUAACCACCCUCAGUUCCUGGCCUACUGUUCUAGCAUAGAACCCCAGGACCUUAAAAUCCAGAAAAUGGCUAAGAGGAGUGAGAUUAAGAAACGUUCUAAUUCCCCAGGACCUCCUGAAGAGUCUCCUCCAGCCGUAAAUUCACCGUUUGACAUGAAUGGGCCAAGUGCUGAGAAAACCGCCAUGAAGAAAGCAAUGGCGGCCAACAGCUUCCAGGACAAACUCUGGAACUGGGAGAUGGCGUCAUCUCAGAAUAGUGAGGUGCCACCAACCUCCCUUCCUUACAACAGUAGAAGGCGGGCCUUCCAUCUGGAAGAACAGGAAAACACGAGGCUUAGUGCAGAGAAGCCCAGGGGAGGUCGAAGAGUGCCACAGGUCAAGACUCUUCCUUCUCAAAGAAAUGAGAAAUCGCUCGCCUCCGCGGAAGACCUCGCCUUCCUGUCUUCUCUCCACGACAAGCAGACACUGGAAAAUCCCAGUCCUGAGAAGUGCUCAGCAGAGAGCAGCAGCCAGCCUGUCUAUGACAGUGAGCUCACCAGCCAGGCCCCAGAAAAACAGCCGGAAGACAGGAAACACCCGCUUCCCAGAACCAGGCCACUGCCUUCUGUGGAGUCCCUGGGUCCCCCUCCUGCAAAGCCAACGAAGCCCCCCAGUGUGAAGCUGCAGGCCUUCCAGAAUCAGCUGGCUGCUGUGUCUGAAGACACCAAGGAAGCCACCCGGGAAGAGAGCUACCUGCCUCCCAAGAGUGCUGAAUGUGAAGAACCACAUAAUUAUGAGGCAACAAUUUCAUAUCCGAGACACUCUGGCAACUCCAUUAACCUGUGCACUGCAAAAGAAAUUACUGAUUCAACUUAUGAGGUUGAACUCCCGGAACUCCAAAAGGUAUCUGCUGCUUUUCUUGACCAGAUUUAUGACGAAUGCAAGGACGUAGCAUUCAUUCUAAAGCUGCUUCUUUGGGAAGAAAACCCUCAUCAUGAAGACACAGAUAAAAGAAUGGAAGAUAAAGAGUCACAUGAGUUGGAACCUCAAAAAAUGGAAAAGUACCCACAUUUCAGCUACUUUUCCAAGGUGGGCGCCUGGGGCAAAAUGCACGUGACUCAAGUCCACAGAAGUAACAGGAACAAGCUGGAAAGGCAGCAGGAUGUGGUGGCAAAUAUCAUUCUCCCGAAGACCCUCCCUGAGGACCUCCAGCUGGCCAUGCGCCCUGACGGCCACUGUGGAUAUGUGGAGGACUUGGAGUUGAAGUGUGAAACUCCAGGUCAAGUGUUCUUUAGGACAAAAUCCACGCUGGAGGAAAUGUAUGAUGAUGUAGAAUGCCCCAGCAGAAAGGGACAAAAGUCAGACUUGUCUAAUACAUCUGCUUCAGAUAGUGAGGAAAAUGGUAGAGAAAUGUAUGAAGAUGUCUACAAAACAAAAAGCAACUACCCAAAGAUAGAUUUAGAUGGAAAAGAAGCACUGAAAAGACUGCAAAGAUUCUUUAAGAAAGAAAAGGAUAAACUUAAAAUGAAAACCAAGUCAAAAGGAAAAAUGAGCUCAUUUUCCGUUUCGAUGCCUGACUUAGGAAUCAGGACCCAGGAAGUUACUAUCUAUGAUGACGUGGACAUAAAUGAAAAAGAGUCAAAAGAUGAAGAUAAACAGAAAACAUGGAAGCCCAAGUUUAUGAUGUCAAAGGAGAAAAAGGAGAACAAAGUUGCUGAAGUGACAGAAAGUUUAUCUCCUAGAAAUUUCUUCAAAAUCAAGAAGCAAAACUUUAAGAAGAACAAAAUGGAAAAAGAAGAAAAAAUUUUUAGGGAAAGAUUUGAGUAUAACAAAGAGAUUACUGUCAUCAAUAUGGCAGUGGCAUCGUCCAGUAAUUCAAGAAAUGGAAUAUUUGAUUUGCCAAUUACUCCUGGAGAAGAACUGGAAGUUAUUGAUAUCACUGAAGAAAAUCUAGUGAUAUGUCGUAAUUCUAAAGGCAGAUAUGGCUAUGUGCUCAUUGAACAUCUGGAUUUCAAGCAUCAAGGUUGGGCACCUUAGGAAGAUUCAAGAGUUUAUGGUCCAGGCUGCACAAGUGACAAUAGUUUCUACUCACAUCAGUUUACAUGUGAAAAUAAGAUAAAAUCUGUGGAAACUUUUGUUAGGAACUUAGAGAAAAAGUUAAGGUUUCCACAUUUAGAUGCUGGUUUUACUCCUAAAUCAUUCUCUCUCUCCGUGUCUAUUUCAGUAUCUGUCUACUUCACUGCUGGCUCAAGAGAAUAUGAAACUUUGUGUUAGCAUCUGAGUACUUAUUUAAUGAGCCAUGGCUGGAGUUAGAACUCAUGCCUUAUGGCACCCCGUCAGUACUGCAGAUGGUUUCGUUUGUUUCUAAUAUUAGUACAUGAAUGUUUGUAAUUUCUAGAAGAUGCUGUGCAUUUAAAUUGGGUACUACUAUUCUAAAAAACAGUAUAACCACAGUCUUUUAAGUAUUCAGUAUGAAGUAUAAUCUAAAUUACGGCUCAUUUUUUUUAAUGUGUUAAGUAUCCCAUUGUUUUCUCACAAAACUGAGAAAUGUUACUCAAAAUUAGUUUUAUAUUGGAAUAGUUUGCUAAAAUAUUAACAAAACUGCAACUUACUGUACAAAAUAAGAUAAUUAUUUUGUCUCUAACUGAAUACAUAAAUGAGAUGUAUAUGCAUAUUCAUUUUCAGCUAAGCUGUAACUAACAUUAUUUUAAAAUGAUGUACAUGUCUAUUGGAAAUAAAUAAAUUAUACAUAAGCAUUUGUCUGUUAUGUUCAAUACUGAAAGACUGUAAAUCUUGGUAAUUCUGGUUCAAGAGUAUAGACAAAAUGUGUUCCAUAGCUCCAUCUUUAUACUGUGAAACUUGGAAGUAUAUUUAUUAGACAAGACACAAAAAAAUUCAAGUUGUAUUUGAUGAGAGAUGAAAUAGCCAUGCUUAUUAUAAGCCAUGCUAAAAUACCUCAGCUUGAACUAAUUUCUUCGAGAGUCUUGGUUCUUAAUUUGUGGUCUACACAAGAUCUGAGUGCUGAGAAUAGGUAAAGGGAUAUAUAUGAUAACCUGUCAAUACCUGUGCUGCAAACCGUAAUGGAGGAGAAAGAGGAUGAGGAAGAGGAGGAGAAGGAGGAGGAGGAGGAGGCAUGCCAUGGAAUCAGGCUGGGGUGGGCUGGGGAAGGAGGGGUGAUGGGGAGAAACUGAGUGCAAUGGUUUUGGGAAAUGUACACUACUGAAAGGAUGGGUAUUGGAACAUUACAUGACUGAAACCCAAUGAUGAACAGCUUAGUAACUGAGUAUCUCACAGUGAUCCAAUAAAAAAAAAAUUUAAUAGUUGGUAUGGAGCUAUAGCACAGUGGUUGGGCUUUCGCCUUUCACGUGGCUGACCUAUGUUCAAUUCCUCUGCCCCUCUUGGAGAGCCCAGCAAGCUACCGAGAGUAUGGAGCCCGCAGGGCAGAGCUUGGCAAGCUACCCGUGCGUAUUGGAUAUGCCAAAAACAGUAACAAUAAGUUUCUCAAUGAGAGACAUUACUGGUGCCUGCUCAAACAAAUCAAUGAGCAAUGGUUUGACAGUGACAGUGACAGUGACAGUUGGUAUCAGUAAAUGUAGACUUACAUAACUAUUUUAUAUACCUUGGGUCAUGAAAAAUUUUCUCAGAUAAGAAAGGGUCUUGAGUGGAAAAGGUCUGAGCAGCUCUGUUCUAGACUCAGAGGAACUAUUCAGAGAUGGUCGAGAAAAUGUCUUCCUGAGUGUCCCUGAA